AUGUCUCGUCCUCAAUCAGCCACAGACACUCCAGACACUCCCAAUGACACGCUCGCUAUUGCCCAAUCUCGUCCCCAAGAGCUCGGCGUGGCCAGUCUAACUCACGUUGUCCGUGGCCAUUCGGAGACACGCACGAUCUACUACCGCGACGACCUCAUCAUCCCCGAGAUAGAGAGACAGGGUCAAGACGUACCGCCAGGUGGACGCAGAGACAGCCAGAGUCAGAGCAACUGCACGCUGUUCGAAGAGGAAGAACAGCAGUCUGCGUGCUUCUGCUUCCGGGAUACAGAGAUCGACAAUUCCUCGUCCGUGUUCAACGGCAGCAUUGCCCCUGUGGAAGAGGUGGCCAUUGUGCGCAAGCAUCAUCUGCAUGGCGGGCAGAUCAAGAACAAGAGCAAGUUUGUCAAUGGAGACCUCGACCGCGACACUUUUCUGGCGUUCUUCUGUCGUGACUGACAGGGGUGUUAUUGUUGAUAGAACCAUCCAAUGAAUUAAAUCCGAUAUCAGGC